AUGAGUGACGAAAAGAUCAAUCCCCAGCUGAAGACUGAGGACUCCUCCCCUACCCAUGAGGAGGUGACUUCGGCCACGAAGCCAAUACACACUGAGCAGGGUGCUCGUCGCGAGUCUGUCGGUGUCAACAUCAUCCAGAAUCCUCUCCGGAGCCUAUCAGUCGAACAAGUCGUGCACGAUGCGCACACCUUCGCCGAGGACCACGACCUGGCCGAGCACGCCGAACUCUUUGGCCGCGCAGCCCUCGUUGCGCGAGACCCCGAUAGGUUCGAGAACAUCGAGGGUCUUUAUGGCGACGAGCAGGAUGCGCUCGAGUACGAGAGAGCCCACAAGUGGCACGGUCCCUGGAUGCUUUGGUACUCCAUCGGACUCUGUGCCAUCGGCGCCGCGACACAGGGAUGGGAUCAGACCGGGUCCAACGGAGCGAACCUGCAGUUCCACGACGAAUUCAAUAUUGCGGGCGAGGGCAGAGACGAAUGGAUUGUUGGUGUUGUCAACGCGGUGAUCUUCUUGACUGCUGGUCUUGUCGGCGCCUUCAUCGUCGACCCUCUCAACCAUUACUUCGGUCGUCGCGGUGAGAUCUUUAUCACUGCCAUCAUCCUCACUGCUACGCCCAUUGGCUCCGGGUUCACACACUCCUGGCAGGCCUUGUUUGCUACGCGAUUCAUCAUGGGCAUCGGCAUCGGUGCAAAGAACGCCACGGUCCCGAUCUUCUCUGCUGAGAUGGCACCGCACCGUGUCCGCGGUGCCCUCGUCAUGUUCUGGCAACUUUGGGUUGUGGCUGGUAUCUUCCUGGGUCUCGCGGCCAACUGCAUCGUCAUGAACACCGGCGAUAUCGCCUGGCGUCUCCAGCUCGGCUCUGCAUUCAUUCCAUCUUUCCUCCUCGGUCUGGGUAUUUGGUUCUGCCCCGAGUCGCCUCGUUGGCUCAUGAAGCACGGCCACUACGCAAAGGGAUACCGCUCCAUGGCGCGCCUGCGAGCCCACCCCAUCAUCGCCGCCAGAGACUACUACUAUUCGUACGUGAUCUACCAGGAGGAACUCAAGGAGGCCCGUGGCGCAGGCUAUUUCCAGCGUAUGUGGGACUGCUUCUCCGUGCCUCGCAUCAGACGCGCGAACUAUGGUGCAUCAACCGUCAUGCUUGCUCAGCAGAUGUGCGGUAUCAACAUUAUCUCCUUCUACAGUUCGAGUAUCUUCAGAGACGCCGGAUACACUGAGACCGAAGCUUUGUAUGCCUCGCUUGGCUACGGUGCUGUCCAGGUCGUGUUCACCAUCCCGACGCUGUUCCUCAUCGACACCAAAGGCCGUCGGACGCUUUGCUUGAUUACCUUCCCCCUGAUGUGCAUCUUCCUGCUUGCCGGCGGACUGUCCCUUCUCAAGGAUACAGGCAGCCGUGGCGAGCAGAUCGGCCCCGUCGUCUUGUUCGUCUAUCUGUUCACCAUAUGCUACUCGCUAGGCGAAGGACCGGUUGCAUUCCAGUACUCCGCUGAGGUCUUCCCUACCAUCCAGCGUGAGCAGGGCAUGGCCUGGGCCGUCUGCAUCAACAACACCUUUGCCGGUGUGCUCAGCUUGACAUUUCCCCGUAUGACCACUGUCAUGACCCCAACUGGCGCCUUCGGCUUCUACGCCGGCCUCAACCUCAUCGCCUGGGGCAUGAUAUUCUGUUUCGUGCGAGAAACCAAACAACUCACGCUAGAGGAGUUGGAUCAGGUCUUCUCCGUCCCAACAAAGGAGUUCCUCAGCUACGAAACCAAAGUCUGGCUGCCCUACUUCAUCAAGCGCCACAUCUUCCGCCAGAGCGUCCCCAAGCCACCGCCCAUCAUCGCGACAACCGACAAAAACGAGCACUCCGGGCUCGGAAAGAUUGUGGACCGGUAUGUCCUGCGUCGCCGGAAUGUCGGAGCGGAGGCUUGA